AUGCUCGAAGAUGAGUACUACGAUAAAAUGGAGACCAAUCCGUUUCGACUGAAUAGCGACUUUGACAUCUAUAAAGUAAGAGCGGACGAUCAACGUGAGAAAGCCGAGCAGGCCGCGUUACUGAAGAAAAUUCCCAUCCAUAUGCGAACUAGCGAAUACGCCUCCAGGAACAGGAAUCUUGGCCUGACAGAGUCUAGAAGCAAGGGAUCAGCCUCCUCUUCAGGACAUUCAUCCACAGCAACCAGCAACAUCAGCGGUAGAGGAUCAAAAGCACAGACAGGCAAGGGCACAACGUCUCUUCCACCCAUUGCAAAGACCCGUAACCAGCGUGUGGCACGAGAGGAAGAGCUCCAGAUUCCGAAGGAAGUCCUCAAUCGUUUGGACGCUUACUCCCCUCUCUAUUCAGAGAAAUACGCACAUCUGACGAAAAAGGACCGUGAAUUUCUUGAGAACUUGGUCCGGGACCCGGGCCCUCGGCCAAAGCUGGACGAGUACAUGAGCAAGCAAAGAGACAUCUUCCUUGCGGAGCUGUCUUUGCAAACCAAAAAGAGCGAAAUAGAUAACAUCAAUAACCAAAUUCGUGCAAAGGAAGACAAUCUCAAGGCAGAAGUGAAAAAGCUCGAUGUGGAGGUCUCGAAGUUCGAUAAGUUCAUUCGCCACAGCGAUCUGGGGACUGUGAAGACAAUAUCGGAGUCUGAGAAGGCUGUUAAGGCCCGAACACAGAGACAAGAAAUGAUUCGUAACACCAGUAGCCAAAUACUCGCUUUGAAGUCAGAGAUAACCAAGCACGAGCUGUCCAUUCGUCAGCUACAUAGGUAUAGGCUUUUCUUGGACCAACUCAUUUCCAUUAAAGAUAGAGAGCUACUCGUAGGGCGACGAGAGCGACAUACUGUUCAACGUAUGGCCAUAGCCUUCUGUUUGGAGAAGUAUGGACACUGUCACGGACUCUGCCUCACGUGCUUCUGCUUUCCGCUGAACUCAACAAUUGUGCAGACUGGCGCCAUAACACCGUACAAUCUAAUUACUAUGAAUGAUGCUGGAGCUCAGAGUGGCAGGACCUACUAUGACAAGAUCCUUACAGAGAGUACGGAGGUGCUCGCCAGUACAAUUAAUACAAACGACAGAAUAGAUCCGAGUAAGAACCUAGAGGAGAUGCCUGGAACCAUUGUACUGAAGAAGCUGAGCGAAAUUCUGGAAUUUUAUACAAUACCCAGUGGCCGGUGCCCAGAGCCCUGCACAAACUACUGCAACUACAUGACCAUAUCUUCACAGGAGGACAAGCAGUACAUCAUGCGUAUGGCACCCAAUGUGUUUGCGGAGUCAGGGCCAGUUAUUCAAGAGUCGCAGAUAGGCGCUGGUGCUGUGUCCACAGACGGAUCAGUGCUUAUGAAAAAUAACCUCAAGCAGCUUGGUCUCACGAUGCGUCAUCUUGUUCGCGCCACGCAGAUCAGCAUAGAGGAGUACUCCCACAUCCCGGUGUCAGAGCCAGGCCUCAGUGAUUACUACAGUACAAACGUAGGUCUUUUCGUGAAUGAGGAGAAUAAGAUACCUUUUCUGGACACCAACGAGUUUGUCGAGUCGCUCAGAUCGAUUGAGAAUACCAACUUCUUCUUGCUGGAGCAUUUGCAGACAGUAGAGACGAGCCAGGAGGCUUUCAUAGAUAGGUGUAUUAAUGAAUAUAGAGAAAGGGAGGAAGAGAUGCGCCAAUUAUUAAUGCAAACUGGAAACCUUCAAACGCUGGCCCAGCGGACAGAUGCAGAGGAGGUGGAGGGUGAAGCUUCGUAUGUAGAAGCGACCCUUGACCACAAUACACAUCUGGUGUCCCUUCUUGAGGACGCCAUCAGACAGGCAUACAUCCACUGUACAAAGACGUCAGACAGCGACGCGCUCUCUGUCACACCACUGAACAUGCUGAGUAAGAUAGAAAGGCUUUUGCAGCAUUCCUCCGCACUCGUUAGAAAGCUGCCAGAGAAGUACCACAUUUUAUUUGAAAAAGCACGUGAGAAAGAAAGGCGCAAGGAGAGACACCGCAAGCGUCAAGAGGAAUUGGCAGUGAUUCAUGCAGAUAAGAUAGCCCGCGCUCGGGAAAGAGCUCUGGAGCCAAUCAAGAAGGCCACAAUACGAAAGGUUAUGGCUCGCAGCUACGGGGCUGCAAAGAAAACUAUUGAUAAAAGCACCAGAGAACAGGACGAGGAUAGAGGUCAAUUACAACUUAUCGCAAGCAAUAAAAAUAACAUUGAUUUUGGUAAGGAUUUCUAUGAGUGA